AAUAACCUGGUUAUUGUCUUAUGUCACAGAACCCAUGUGAAGGCAAACCUUGCCUAAAUAAAGGAAAAUGCUUGCUCCAUAAAAACAGAAGGGAUUAUCGUUGCCGAUGCAAGAAAGGAUACAGCGGAGAAAAAUGCCAACUUGAUGUCAAUGAAUGCGAAACAAAACCUUGUGAUGCAAACGCUGCUUGUAUUAAUACCAAGGGAUCGUAUCAAUGCACAUGUAACAGCGGCUACCAUGGUAACGGAAAACAGUGUAGCCCGUAUGCCAGAGGACUUGAUUCUUCGGCUAUUUUAAGCAACUAUGGCAAUGCGACUUUUCUGCAAGAUUUGGGUCUUUACUUGUUUCCAGUUGUGCAAAACCCAAGUAAAAGUCUUUGGGUCAGAUGUUGGCACGCUGCAAAUGAUGGCUGGAAUGUUAGAACCACAUUCCACCCCCAGUGUGAUGGAAAUAGUCCCACAGUGACUAUAGUACGUGUAGUUAGCUACGUGUUUGGUGGAUACAGCGAUGUUCCAUGGCAGAGUAGCGGCGGCUAUACUUCGUCUUCCAAAUCCUUCCUGUACUCCCUGAGGAACAUCUAUGGAUAUAGUCCAGUCAACCUGACCCUCAAUGGACAAAAUGAUGGCAAAGCGAUAUAUAACGGCGCUGGCUAUGGUCCAGUAUUUGGUGGGGGAAAUGACCUGUUUAUCUCGGACUUUGCUUCAAGUUACAAUGACUCACUUACCAGCUUGGGCAACACAUACCGUACUCACCAAAUAUGUAGUAGCAGAGGAACAUGCACUUCUUUUAUGGCCGGCAACGACAAUUUUUCUCCCAAUGACAUAGAAGUCUUUUAUGAAACCAUUACCUAAUAUAAUAGGGCUAGCACGGCAUUGCAAAAGUGUAUUUUGGUAUUAUUUACGACCAUUAUUAGAGUGCUUUUAUUUAACCGUGAAAUAAUUACUUAAGUUAGGCUGUGUUCAUAAUGUAUGGCAGAAAAAAAUCUCUGAAAAAAUGUUUCAAACCCCUUCAUUUUACUGGUAAGAAUUUUCCCCGAUCCCCCCUAAAUUUCACCUGCUCCCCCCUCUGCCAUACAUUAUGAACGCAGCCUUAGUGUAAAUAUUACUUAGAAUGUCCUUUACCGCCAAGACGUCUCCCCCGGAGAUAUUAGACUAGCCAGUUAUAAGACUUAUCUUCACUGGUCCCAAGUAACCAAGACAAACAACACAUAGCGACUAACAGAAAUACAGGGACGACUUUUCGCAGUCUGGUAUUGUUAAUAUUUUUACUGCCCAGACGUCUCCCCCGGAGAUAUUGGACUAGCCAGCUAUAAGACUUAUCUUCACUUGGCCAAAGUAACCAAGGCAAACGAAAAGCGACCAACAGAAAUACAGGGACGACUUCUCGCAGUCUGGUAUUGUUAAUAUUUUUACUGCCCAGACUUCUAGUUUAUCAUAGAGAGGAUCUAGGGGGUGUCCUGUGUCCUGCGGUGCGCCGGACACUCCACUCACGCCAGUAAUUACCAAUAAAUUUUCGCUAUUUUCUUCCAAAAUUGUACAAACGCAUGUCAUUCCGGAGUGAUUAUCUCAAAAAACAAGCUCGGGACAGCCCAUUUUUCUUUGCAUUUUUAAA